UAAAGCUGACAAGUCAAGAAAGGAGAAGAAGCAACAAAAGGACAUAACGCUAUGCCUCCAAGGAAAGAACCCUGCAGGAAUUUUAUGCGGGGCAGCUGUCAAUAUGGUGAGCGUUGUAAAUUUCUUCAUGCUGCCCAACAACAACCGAAGCCAAAUCCAUUUGGGUUUGGCAGCCAAUCCUCUAAUUUUCAGAAUACGAAUAUGCAGCAGACAAAGUCCAGCCCUUUUGGUUUUGGUGUUCAGAGCAACUCCCAGCCAAGAGGGUCCGAUGAUUUGGGGCCAAAGUCCAGCCCUUUUGGUUUUGGUGUUCAGAGCAACUCCCAGCCAAGAGGGUCCGAUGAUUUGGGGCCAAAGUCCAACCCUUUUGGUUUUGGUGUUCAGAGCAACUCCCAGCCAAGAGGGUCCAAUGAUUUGGGGCUCAAACAGAAUCAAUACAAGCCUUUUGAAAACAAGUGGACUCGCUCUGCGACUACCAACAGUUCUUCAUCGCGGCAAACCGACAAUCAGCCUGUAGCACCUAAUCACACCUGCACAGAUGCUGAGUCAUGCAGACGCCAGAUUGUGGAAGAUUUUAAUAAUGAGAAGCCAUUGUGGCUGCUUACCUGCUAUGGUCAUCGUAAAAAUGGUCCAUGUGAUAUUAUUGGUGAUGUUAGCUAUGAAGAGCUGCGAGCAGCAGCAUACGAUGAUGCGAAACGUGGACAGAGCUUGAUGUCUAUUGUUGAGAGAGAGAGGAGCCUGGUUAAUUCUAAAGUAGCUGAAUUUGAAAAUCUAUUGCGAAAUCCUUAUGCAUCUACAUCAACUUCUGCUCCUAAUGCUCAAAGUCCUUUUCCUGGUGCCACACCAAGUACCUCAUUGAGUGCUCAAAGUCCUUUUCCUGGUGCUGCACCAAGUGCCUCAAGUCCUUUUCCUGGUGCCGCACCAAGUGCCUCAAGUCCUUUUCCUGGUGCCGCACCAAGUGCCUCAUUGAGUACUCAAAGUCCUUUUCCUGGUGCUGCACCAAAUGCAUUGUCGAGUGCUCAAAGCAGUUUUCCUCCUUCAGCCUCAAGUUUUAGUCAGUUGGGAACCAUACUGAAUACAGGGACAUCAACUCCACCAACUAGUGCAUUUGGGCAACCCAGUCUCCCUGGGAACUCUUUUAAGACAUCAAAUUCGUCUGGGGCGAAUGCUUUUUCAUUUGGGAAUACAUCAGCAUCAGGUUCCUUUGGCUUCGGAACCCAAGUCUCUACCCAGUCAUAUCAAAAUCCUUCCACACCCAGCAAUAUUUUCGCAAGCUCUGGGAGGAACUUAUUUUCCACCUCUACAACCUCACCACAUUUUGCUAAUACCUCUGGUGGCCAAUUUCCUACUCCUUCUCAGGGGGGUUUUCCUGUUACGGCGUCCCCUGUCAGUAUCAACUUGACGAAUACUGCAUCAACAGAGGACUUCAGCGGGGAUAACAGCAUUUGGACAAAGAAGGAAUGGAAAAUUGGGGAGAUUCCAGAAGAAGCACCCCCAGACAGAUAUGUUUUCUAGGAAUGCUUCUGGGACUUGACUAUUGAAGGUUUUCAGUUCAAAUCAGAUACAGAAGAAACUCUGUUUUCGCGUCAACGUAGAAGCAGAAAAUUUUGGGCAUUUGAUUAAAGUUCCUACAUAGUUAUGCUUGUGAAAAGGGGGUUUACCAUAUCUUCUUCCUUUUAUUACACUUCUGAAGAGGGGUAAAAUACUGUUUUCUUCAGCAGUUUAAAGAGUUGUAAUAUCAUCAGGUUGUUAGCUUGUGUAUGUUCAACACUAUUUAUAUGAAAAGAAAAGGCAGG